GUGUUCUACAAUUUGUAUUCUUGGAAAGUUCCCUGGAGCACUGCACUGAGGAAUUACCCAGGCAUGCCUAGGGUCACACGAUGUUUUGCCUGCUGCUUUUGACCCUUCCCCUCCUGGGAAACUCAGUCCCCAUUGUUCAAGAUGGGAACGAGGUUAAGAUUGUUGGCAGCAAUGAUGCUCAGGUGGGAGAAUGGCCAUGGCAGAUCAGUCUGAGGAAAAAUCUUGAUGAUUUCUGGAUACAUUACUGUGGAGGUUCUCUCAUCCACCCCAGUUGGAUCCUGACUGCUGCCCACUGCUUUACUGGUACUAAAAACUACACUUCAAAUUACAUGGUCCAAUUGAGGCAACAGAAUCUAUAUGAGAAUGAUCACUUACUGCCUCUGGAAAAGGUCAUCAUCCACCCCAACUACAGUGCUGCCAGUGAGGGCUUUGAUCUCGCCCUGCUAAAACUCCAGGCCCUUGUACAGCUCACCGGGACCAUCCAAACCAUCUCGCUCCCUGAAGCCUCCCAGACCUUCACCCCUGACAUGGAAUGCUGGGUCACGGGGUGGGGGGACAUUGAAUCUGGAGUGCCUCUGCCUCCUCCCUACACUCUGAGGAACGUACAGGUUUCCAUGAUGGACGCCCUGACCUGUGACCAGCAAUACCAUCAGAAUUCUAUUAUUCCCGAGUCUGAGAGGAUCAUCUUAGAUAACAUGAUCUGUGCUGGUGAACCUGGCAAGGACUCCUGCCAGGGUGACUCUGGGGGAGCCCUGGUCUGUAAGGUGCAAUGCUCCUGGCUCCAGGCUGGAAUAGUGAGUUGGGGAAUUGGCUGUGGAGCUCAACACAGACCUGGAGUCUGCACUCCUGUCACAGACUAUGUGGAUUGGAUCAAUCAGCACAUCUAGUGAUCUUCUGGUCCAAUUCCUCCUUGUCUUUCUUCAUCAUGUCAUCACCUUCAGCCAUAAUUCCGGCCUCCAUGUCUGCUGGGAAACCAAUGGAACUAUUCCUUAAUCCUCCCCAUCACACCGGACACAUACUGCCUUCUUCAAACACCUCCUUCCCUGUGGUAUCUCUACUUCUCUGCCCUUCUGAGUGCUCUAGAAGCUGCAGGGUACAGAGCAAAGUGCCCUGGACUAGGAGUCAGGACGCCUGGCUUCUGAUGUUCUGCUCUACCACUGGCUCAUUGUGCGACCUUGGUCGAGUCCCUCCAUGUGAGUUUCAGUUUUCCCCUGUGCAAGAUAUAAUACAGUGGGGAUGAAACUCUUGUGACUUCAUGUUCCAUGGUCCUGCUCUGUGUGGGUACUUGGAUUAUUUCAGGAGAUAAUGAGUGGGCAAAGAAGGAGAGAGGGAAAGAGGCUGAUUUAUAUGGCAUUGCUUCCAUCUCAUUAAAUUGU